AUGGCUUCCUCCAUGAAGCUGUUCUUCCUCCUCUUCCUUUCCCUUUCCUUCUCCUUCUCGCGAACACAGGCGAGAGAAGGCCGGUUCUUCUUCAACAAGACGACACGACCCGCAGAUCCCACGGAGGCAACGCCGACCGCAGAAAAAAUCGAUGGGCCUACGACGCUUCCCCCGCAGAGCCAGAACGGCUACGGGCUCUACGGUCGCGGCCCCGAACAAUCCUCACCGACCACCACCACUUACUCCGACGAUGCACGCCGCUACAACGGUAACAACAAUCUACCGUCAAACUUUCCCAACACCGAGCUCGCGAACGAACGGUACGAUGAAAAGAACAACUAUAACGACCGAUACGACAAUGCGAACAACAAGUUUGAUACCGAGAGGGGGCGACGGUACGGCAUGAGCGACACGAGGUUUUUAGAUAAUGGGAGGUACUAUUAUGAUGUUAACGCUGAGAGAUAUGCGUACAAUGGUAAUGAUAAGUGGAAUGCGAGGAGGGGGAGUAAUCAAAAGGAGUAUGGGGUUUAUGAUAAUCAGGUUGGUAACAAGAGAGGUAAAUAUGGAGAUGAAGCGUAUGGAUAUGGGAAUAGUAAGGAGUAUGAUAAUGGUGCAAUGGAGUACCAAAACAACCAAGAGAACCAAGAAGAGUACGUGCCUUAA